AUGGCAUUCUCCGGUGGCCAUGUCGGCAGUCAGCUGCGACAUUUUAUCUACUAUCAUCUCGACAAUAACAUGAUCCGCAAUGCGCUGUUCCUUGCUGAACGAUACCACGCUCAUGAACCGCGAUCUCUCGAGGCGCAAUACCUAAUCUCUCUAUGCCACCUUCUCAAUGGCGAAAUGAAAUCCGCGUUGGAGUUCAGUGAGCCUGCGGCAGGGCGCGGCUUGCAUGCUGGCUGUGUCUAUGUCUACGCGCAAGCUUGCUUGGAUCUUGAAAAAUAUCUUGAAGGCGCGACGGCGCUGGAGCGAAGUAAACCGCUCUGGGCCACAAAAAACAACUGGAACAAACAUAGCGAAACACAACGGCAGCAUCUACCAGACGCGGCGGCAGUAUAUUGUCUGCUAGGAAAGUUGUGGCAGGCGCACAAAGACGUGAACAAAGCGGUGGAUUGUUACGUGAAUUCCUUGAAAUUGAAUCCGUUCAUGUGGGAUGCAUUUACGGGUCUCUGUGCUACAGGCGUCAAUAUUCGAGUCCCAAAUAUUUACGACCUCGGUCCCGACCUUCGAGCCAUGAUCAACUCCACCCCUGAGGAAGCGGAUACAUUCACAGAUGUCUUGUCACCAACAGAAGGUGCCUUGCGAUCUAACAGAAGCGCCGCCUCUGACCCGUUCACGGUUCCUUCCUCCCGCGCCGAUCCUGAGGGCACUUACGGUAGCUCGGCUCUCUGGGAGAAAUUCAAUGGCAGUUCAGGCAUGGAGACACCAGGGAACCCGAACAACGCAUCGGGAUCAGAAGACUUCCGUAUUGCAAACAGCGUGCCUGGCCCAGACUCCGCGAGCGAGCCUCCAUUGGCUCCUACUAGAAAAGCCCGCACAAUUCACACGAUGAAUAUAGAUCAAUCCGGCCACCCGCCCCCCAAGAUGAAGACCACCGGGAUGCGAAAAAUCAAGCAACGAACAGAAUCAGAAGAGCCGUCAGCAGGACCCAUAGAUCGAGAACCUCCACCUGCACCGCGAGUGGGCGAUCGCAAACGUACUGUCUCUGGCCAAGUUGCUCAUCCUCAACAACAUCCUGUCGAACCGGGUGCCCCGCAGCGCCGCAGCGUUAGGCUCUUAUCUCAAAUAAAGCCCACGACCAGCAAAUUUUCCAGCACGACACUGACAGGCAAGGACGGCCGUGAAGUGAAAAAAAUCAGGAGUACAUCUGGUAAACCACGCACGGCGACUGUUGGUCGAGUUGUCAGUGGGAACCGCAAACCUAUUGAAUCUUCUGAUCCUGAUGGCAAAGAACCUCGCGCUGCAUCCGUUCCAAUCAACUCCGGAGUUCCCCCGGUGCCCAAGGCAAGCGAAAGGACGAAAGAACUUGUCGCUCUGGACGCGCUUUUGGGUCUCUUCGCGAAACUUGCCUCUGGCUACUUUUCUUUGAAUCGAUACAAGUGCCCUGAAGCGAUCUCACAUCUCAAUUCGCUUCCACAGGAGCACCGCGAGACCCCCUGGGUUCUCGCCCAACUCGGCCGCGCAUACUUUGAGCAGGCCAUGUACACAGAAGCUGCCAAGUAUUUCUCUCGCAUCCAAGCCUUAGCGCCCAAUCGACUUCAGGACAUGGAAAUCUAUUCCACGGUACUUUGGCAUCUCAAAAACGACGUGGAGCUCGCUCAUCUCGCUCAUCACCUUUUGGAAGUUGAUCGACUAUCCCCUCAGGCCUGGUGUGCCCUUGGCAACUCUUUCUCGCAUGAACGAGACCACGACCAGGCUAUCAAGUGCUUUAAGCGUGCAACUAUGCUGGAUCCAGAAUUUGCUUAUGCUUUCACCCUCCAGGGUCACGAGUACGUCUCGAACGAGGAGUUCAACAAGGCGCUCGACUCUUACCGUCAAGGCAUCAAUGUCGAUAAUCGACAUUAUAAUGCUUGGUACGGCCUUGGAACUGUCUACGAUAAGAUCGGUAAAUACGAGUAUGCGGAACAUCACUUCCGCAACGCUGCGUCCAUCAACCCCACCAAUGCGGUACUCAUCUGCUGCAUUGGACUGGUUUUGGAGAAGACCGACGACUUCCGAGGUGCCUUGGUUCAUUACGAGCGAGCUUGCUCUCUCGCUCCGCACUCGGUGCUGGCACGUUUCCGUAAAGCCCGUGUCCUCAUGAAAUGCCAAGAGUACAAUUUUGCCUUGGCAGAUCUGAAAAUACUGAAGGACAUAGCGCCCAACGAAGCCAACGUACACUUUCUCCUGGGAAAACUGUACAAAAUGCUCCACGACAAACCCAACGCCAUCAAGCACUUUACCGCAGCCCUGAAUCUGGAUCCAAAGGCUGCACAUUUUAUAAAGGACGCAAUGGACGAGUGGGAGGAUGAUGAUAUGGAGGACGACGAUAUGGCAUAA